CUUAGGAUAAAUACAAUUUUCUGUUAGUUUCUGUUUGGAGCUGACUUUGGUAAUCCCAUCAACUUCCCAAGCUUCCCCUGUCGUGUCUCUUAAUUUUCCUUUGUGGUACGAGAGAUGGCAACUUGUCUUGUAGUAGCAAACUCCUUACUUUCCUCUCCUCAUCCACUCAAAGCCAGCACCCAAAAGCGCCCUCUCCAACCCAUCUCAUCUAUCUCUCUUCUGCACUCCCCAAAACCCAAGAAACCCACCAACCCAGCAUUCCUUAAAGCCCCUUCUUUCCACUCAGAUUGUUGUAGAAUUCGAGUUCUUGCUCGAGCUUCCCUUGGGGAAACCGAUGCCUCCGCAGACGAGCCCUUGCCUCUGGUGGGUGAGGACUCUGCAGCCUUCAAUUUGGGGACCCAAAGCAUUGUUUCUUGGGUUUAUUUUACUGUUAUCUUGGGAGUUGUUCUUUAUGUUCUCGAUGUUGCCUGGAUUGAUAACUCAACUGGGUUUGGAAAAGCUUUUAUCGAUGCUGUUUCAAGCCUCUCUGACAGCCCUGAGAUUGUAAUGGUGACUUCUUGA